UAUUGAAACCAACUCUAUUCCAAAUGUUGUUAUUGAGAAACCGAUACAUCUUUCGUUCGGUAUACUUGCAAUUGUUGAGUAUAGCUUCACGUCUUAUCUAUGGAAGGGAUCCAGAGAGAACCCAAGCCAAGGACAGAGCCGCACAGUUAGCCAAUGCCGUGAAAAUAAAAAAAGUAAACUCGGCUUUGGAGUUUGGAGGAAUCGGAGAGUGGGAAGGAAUUUUCUAUGAAGCCGCAGACCACAGACAGACUGAAAGAAAGGACUUGAUAUUUGACUUUCCAGAUAGCUUCACCUUUUUGUCAGAAGCUGCAGAUGCUUUGGUUGGAGACUCCCUUAGUCGAUGCUUUUCUUCAGAGCCUCCUAAACCUUGGAACUUUUUAACAAGAAAUUGUUCCCAAGUACCACUCUUAUUGAUACCUCUGUGGAUAGCCAGUUUAUGGAUAAGAUAUUUGGUAUUGUUGCCACUUCGACUGGCCAUCUUGUGCUUUGGGAUCUUCCUAUUUCUAACACUGUUUAUUCUGGUGGGAUUUGUCAUUCCAAGAGGAGACUGGAGAAGUAGCUUUGAACAACGUCUAUUGCGGUUUUUAGCAUCGGUAUUCUUAGCUUCUUGGAGUGGAGUCGUCAGGUUUCAUGGAAGGAGACCUGAAAGAAAGGCCAACCAAAUCUAUGUAGCGAACCAUACGAGUCUCAUUGAUAUUAUUGUCUUGUACAAAGACUAUACUUUUAGUAUUAUUGGUCAACGACAUGGAGGUUUUGCCGGUAUUUUACAAGAUUUGUUGAUGAGAGUUCAGAACCAUAUCUGGUUUGAUAGAGAAGUGGGAAGAGACCGACAUAUCGUACAAGAACUGUUAAGAGAACAUGUAAGGAACCCUAAUAACGAACCCAUGUUGGUAUUUCCAGAAGGAACUUGUGUGAAUAACGAAUAUUGUAUCAUGUUUAAAAAAGGAAGCUUUGAAUUGGGUGCACAAGUGGUUCCUAUUGCUAUAAAAUAUAAUAAGCGGUAUGCCAAUCCUUAUUGGGAUUCUAGUCAAUGCGGAUUUCUAAGACAUGUGUGGGACUUGAUGACUUCUUGGGCAGUCGUUGUGGAUGUGUAUUAUUUAGAACCCAUGAAAAGGGAGCCAAAUGAAACUGCUUCAGAAUUUGCCAAAAGAGUAAAACGUGCUAUAGUUCAUCGUAUUGGUUUGAUAGAUGUCGAAUGGGAUGGUUUCUUGAAAAGACAUCGAAUAUCGUCAAAAUUUAUUCAACAAAGACAAAAAGCUCAUGCAAUGGUUUUAUUGCGUCGAAUGCAAAGAAAUUGUAUCAUAUCGGAUUCCUACCCAUUGGAAUGGAAAGAAACAGCUUUUGACUCCUCAGUGGAUCUAAGUUCACUUUCUACAGCUUCUCAUUUACCAAAAAUGAGAAAGAGAAAGUCUGAAAAGACAAGAAUCAAGUACAAUGAAGAAGAGAACAAGACAAACUCAACUAGUGCAGAAAAUAAGGAAACUUUUAUGAAAGAAUCAUCAUCCUUUACCAGCUCUCAAGAAAAUGGGAAAGAACAACUAGAUUUGGAUGACCCGUUUGAUGAGAUAGAAGGAAGAGGAUAUAAGGUAUGGGUGGAUGGUGUAUUCUUACUUGUGAUAAUGUUAUGUAUUGUAUUUUGUACUAUCUUGAGUUGUAUUUUGUUCUUCAAAUAUACAUCUUGGAGUGGUAUAACUGAUUGGAAAUGGAAUGUAUUGUUCAAAUAAUACCUAUUUCCGAGAGAAUAUGACUAGA